UCAGUUUUCUGCAGAGUCCAGUAGAUCCUGGACUGCCAUAGAGGCUACCUGCGUAUGCUGAUGGUCUGAAGUUUGCAUACUGAAAAUGGUGCUCUUCAGCCUGUUUUGCAUCUUCAUUUGCAAGAAGUUGACACCACCCUGCUAAGAGAAGAAUGCAGCUUCCUUUAUCACAUCUCUCUUCCCCCCAGCCAGCCUGAGUUACCCUGAGAGGAGCCUUUACAAGGAUCAAUGAAAUAAUGCUGCUGAAGGCCGGAUUUUUAAUGAAAGCUGUCACACACAAGCAAAACAUUAGUGGGUUGUUUCCACAUCUUGGCUAUUGUGAAUAGUGCUGUGAUGAAUAUAAGGUGCUCAUAUCACUUCAAGAUCCUGAUUUCAAUUUUUUUUUGGAUAAAUACCCAGAAGUGGGAUUGUUGUCCCUGUCAGGUUGGAAAAAAUUUCUACUAUGGUUCUGCGUUUCUAGUCAUCCCAGCCUUGAUCCUUCUGGUUGCUGGCUAUGCUCUGAGAAGCCAGAUGUGGACAAUGACCAGUGAAUACUGCUGCAGCUGUGCCCCUUCACACCGGAGAAUCAGCCCCCUGGAGCGCAAGCUGGCUUGUCUUCGGUUCUUCAGCAUCACUGGGAGGGCACUUGUUGCCCCAUUAACAUGGCUGGCUGUCACCCUGCUGACAGGCACCUACUAUGAAUGCGCAGCAAGUGAAUUCGCAUCUGUGGAUCAUUACCCAGUGUUUGACAAUGUCAGUGCCAGCAAACGAAAAGAGAUCCUAGCUGGGUUUCCAUGUCCCAAAUCAGCUCCAUCUGACAUGAUCCUGGCAAGAGAUGAAGUUGCUCUUCUGCACAGAUUCCAGUCACAAAUGCUGGGCUGGAUUUUGAUCACCUUGGCAACCAUCGCUAUCCUCGUGUCCUGCUGCUUGGCGAGGUGCUGCUCCCCCCUCACCUCUCUGCAGCACUGCUACUGGACCAACCACCUGCACAACGAGAGGGAGCUCUUUGAACAAGCUGCAGAGCAGCAUUCACGGCUCAUCAUCAUGCAGCGCAUAAAGAAACUCUUUGGCUUUAUUCCUGGAAAGGAAGAUGUCAAACACAUCCGUAUUCCUUCAUGUCAGGACUGGAGAGAUAUUUCAGCACCCAGUCUUUUCUGCAUGGGUGAGGACUUGCAAGGUCGCUAUAGCUUCCUUGGAGACAGGGUGGAUGAGGAUAAUGAGGAAAGCAAACCUGAAGGUAUUGAAUUAAAACCUUGAUUAUGGCGCCUCUCACAAUUCAGUUUGCUUAACAGAUGCUUUAUUUUUGUGAUGAUGGAGUUUCAAAGUAAUCUCUUCACCUUUUUCUCUCCUGAGAUUUGUUUGACUGAGUCCAUUCAAGGUGUUAUUUCCAAAAUCCGUUUAUCUGAUCAUUGUGCCAAUGAUAUUGGUUUAAUAUUGGCUUAAUGAAAACAAUAUGGAUCUUGAAGUCAUAUCAGAAUUGGAAUCUCGGUUGUUACUCAGUUAGCUGUAUGAAAAAUAGUAUUUUUGAGCACCAUCUUGUUACCUGCACAUAACGGCUACCUCAUAGAGCUGUUGUGAGGAUUAAAGGUGUUAAUAUAAGCUAAGUGCUCAGCAUAGUGCCUUUCCUAAAAUAAGUGCCAACACACGUUACUUUUUCUGUGUUCCAUGUUUUCCAUUACUCUCUAAUUUCCUUUGAUCUUAAAUAUCUGACCUUUUGGCAACAGGAUGAAAAGCCCUUUCUGUGCUCGCUUUGGCAGCACCUAUACUAAAAGCCCUUUCUAAACUGGUAACAUGUACGGUAGAAGCCCAUGCAAGGUCUUGUGUCAAUUCUGCCAUAACCAGGGGAAGAUGAUGCAUUAUUCUAUCAUCAU